AAACCAUUUCUAGAUCUAUUAUUGUUGACAGCUGAAAAACUAUGGAAUCCUUUAGGAGGUUCAACAGCAACACUUAAAGCAGUGUAGUAAACUAGUCGAUAUCCAGACUCUAGAAUCUAAUUCUGAACAGAAAAUGUAGAUUUAUCUUUAGUUUUAUUUUUUAAAGUUAUCACUUAUUCAACGGGCCAUACAAUCCAGUAGUAAUGGCUUCUUCUGGGAAUCCUAAUAAUCAAAGUAAUGUCAAUGAUUCAUCAAAAAAAUCGCAGUCACAAAUCAGUCUCCAUUCAAGUGGCAGUGCAUCAAGUACCAAUACAACUGUUUCUAACUCGAUUAUGACACUUAUGAAACGAGAAAAGCGUGCUGUAGCUGUGUAUCUUAAAGAAGAAAGCUCAAAGUCCAACAAUACCAAACCACUUAAUGAUCACUUAGAUACUAUCCUUGAUCCUAACAAACCAAUUGAUGACUUUGAAAGUAUAGAUUUUUGCAAAUGGAUCAUAGCAGGAGGGUUAACAUUUGAAGAUUUUGCCAAAAAAGUUAGAGAAUAUGACAGCUCUGUUAUGUGUGGCCUUGUGUGGACUGCAAAUUUUGUUGCGUACCGCUGUCGCACGUGUGGGAUUUCACCCUGUAUGUCCAUCUGCUCUGACUGCUUCCAAGCUGGCAACCACGAGGGUCACGACUUCAACAUGUUUCGUAGCCAAGCGGGGGGUGCUUGUGAUUGUGGAGAUUCUAGUGUAAUGAGACCUGAAGGAUUUUGCCCACGUCAUGGUGAGCACAGAGAAAAUAAGUCUGACCCUGAGGCUCCAGCAGAGCUAAUGGCAGUUGCUAAAGAAAUGGUGCCAAGGUUGUUCAUAAGACUCUUAUACCAUUUACGUGAACAGUUUUUAUCUCAAGUGAGGACUAGUAGGAAUUCUUAUCAUUUGAAUAUCAAUGACUUGGAACAUUUUCUGAACUUUAUGCAGUCACUUAGUGACAUGGGAGCAGCAAUGAGAAGAGUUAUGGCUCAAGCACUCAUAAAUCCUUCGCAUUAUGCAAAAUCUACAGUACGUUCAGAUCAAGUUUCAGAAGGUAAAGUGGAUAACUACACUGCUUUUAAAGAAAUUCUUAAUGGCAAUGGUCUACGUUAUCCACUUCACUUUGACAAGUAUAAAGAUAAACCUGGCAUGUCCCAGAAAUUGGAUUAUAGUACCAUCAUUGAAGAGCUUGUGUUCUGGGUCAUGAGAUAUGAAUUUCCUCAGAGGCUGGUAACUUUCUUACUUGGCCUAUUGCCUGAUGAUUUGUAUAAGGAAGCAUUUGCCAAAGCCUUUGUGAAGCAUUAUUCCCGUAUAUCUGUUGUUCUAAGUGAUGCCCAAGACAGGUCAACUGUAGCCAACAGGAUAGUUCACAUCAGUGUUCAGUUAUUCAGCAAUGAAAAUUUGGCAGUACAUUUAACAGAAAACCACAAUCUCCUUCUAAUAAUCAUUCUAAGUCUUGCCAGCAUGAUUCAGAGCAUAAAAAUAGUCAGUUCCUUGGAAGAUCCUGAUCUGAAGUCAAGGUUUCAUUGUGUUGUCAAUUGUGAACAUGAAAUAAUGAAGGAUCACUGUUAUUGGCCAGUGGUUAGUGAUUUGAUCAAUGUCCUCUCCCACAGAAAGAUUGCACAUGUAUUUUUAGGAGAUUCUGAACUGGUUAAUCUCUGGCUUGACCUUUUGAAUGACAUGCAGGGUAUGAACCUGAACACUAGAGAACUGAGUCAACAUGUGGAAUAUGAGCCUGACACUUACUAUGCUGCUUUCUCUGCCGAGCUCGAGAUAUCUGCUUCACCUAUGUGGUCACUGCUGAUGCACUGUCAAACUCCAGAUACCAGACACUAUGUUUUAGACAUGAUCAAAUCUGCAACUGUUGCAUUGCAAGACUGGUUUGAAGCCAUCAACUUUAAGGAAGCUAUGAAACCCAACCCAUACCAACUGACCUUCCACAUACCACUGCAUAGAUACCUGGCAACUUUCAUAAUGACAGCUGUAAAGUAUCAUGAUGUUGACCUUGACUCCAUCUUGCCAGAUGAGGUAACUCUAAAGAAAAUCAUGAUGCAUCCAUUACAAAUUCAGGUUUGCAUGGCACAGAUAUAUGCUGGGAUGUGGGUUAGAAACGGAAUUCAAAUCAAAGGUCAGGCUAUGACUUACAUUCAGUGUCAUUUCUGCUACUCCAUGGCAGACGCUGACUUAUAUCUUCUGCAGCUGUGUGCUACAAAACUUGACCCUGAUUGCUUUAUUACUACAGUAUUAGACAGGUUUCACAUUCUAAAUUGGAUGUCUUAUUCUCCUGAGCCAACACAUAUUGGUAUACUGAUGGAACCUGAGCAAGAGUUAUCUAUGGUAGAGGGUGCUCUAAGCCUCUUUUCAGCUUUAAUGGGAAUACACACUUAUCUAGGCAUAAGUGAAGAGGAUCUCAUCAGAAAAGAAAUGGCUUCACUGUUGUGUAUGAAUGACAGGCAGCACAGCACGUUGAUGGAUUUGAUGCCAGAAAGGACUGGUGUCAGUGGUCUGGCUAAAGAAUUGUUUGAGCCAACACUACAGAAGUUGGCAGAAUAUAAAGCACCUAAUUUUGAGGCUGGUGGAGGCCUACAACAGGGAACAUAUGUUCCUAAAGCUGAGGUCUGGGAGAAAGACUUUGAUCCAGUCCACGUUUCACAAAGAGCAAUAUAUCGUCGAGAUAUGCAGUCAGCAAUGGAUCGUUACACAGAGUAUUUGAGAACCCAUAAAGGUUAUAAGAGAAAGACAACUCCUUGGCCUCCAUUUAAAAUUGAAGACAACAUGCACCACAGCUACGCUGGUAUUUACAGACUACUCAACUGCAAGAGUAUGCAUGCAUUUUUGUUUACAGUAUUGCACAAGGCUUUAACACGAGACAAAAAUCUCCCAGAGGCUAUUUUGUUUCAUGCUGUACAUCUUCUAGAAUUGUGUUUACAUUUUGCUCCCAAAACUUUUCCUAACAGGAUCCCUGGUUUAUCAUUACAAGUUCAAGAUGGUCAGUUAGACAAGUGGUAUGGAACAUCAGACAUCAAGGCAAAUGCUUGCGACAUUAUUAGUGAAGUAAUUGUGCCAAUCCCAGUGACAGAGGAAGAGAUCCGAGCUAGCGGCAUAACUGCUGAUGACAUGGACACAUCAACACUAGAAGAGAUGUUUCAACUUCAACCAUCUGUUGUGUCAUCAUCUACUGGCCCGAUUACUUCAGCUCAACUAGGUCAAAUGCCUUCCCUGGCCAUGGUAUCUCUACCUGCUCUAGACUCUUUUUUGCCCCACCCACCACCAGCGUCAACCAAGCCUGCCACAAAAAGAUUUGAGAGUAGAGGGGUAGCCACAGCUCAGUUUGUUUCCAAGAAAAUAACAGUGAAGGAAAGUCUCAUCUCAGUUCUAAUUAAGCUGCACACAAAGACUGGUGGUGUAGCCAGUUACAAACCCAAGACGCAGUCACCUUCUAAUGUUAACACGAUUUUGGAAGGAGGAGAUGCCCAGCUAUACAUUGCCCGUUUUCUUGAUCGCCUCUAUACGGCAAGCACUGCUGCAUCUCGUGUCAUUGAUGAGACUUGCCGUGCUCUAAAUAUGACAAAAGUGAAAGCUGGUCCUUCAGAAACAGAGAAAGACAGCAAACGUCGUAAAGCUUGGAAUAGACAGCAAAAACUGAUGGCAGAAUUUGCUUCUAAACAGAAAGCUUUUAUGGAGCAAGCAAUGGAAGAAGAGACAGAGAAACAAGAGCCUAGUUUAGCUUCUGCUAGUUCAGAGCAAGAGGAAAGCCUUCCCAGCAAACUCUAUGACUGUGUUAUAUGCAAUCAGUCUACGCCAUCUACUGGAGAAAAACCUAUUGGGCUGGUUGUUUUCUUACAAGCUUCUAGUGUACUUGGCCACCGUCAACAGUCUAAUCAAGAACAUGUUUUAAGUAUGUCAGACUCCCAAGUCCAGUGGCACAGAAAAACUUCUUGUGGCAAAGUCAAUAAAAAGAAACUUGAGAUCUUGCAAAAAAAUUUUGAAGGGAAAUCUUGUGAGGUGUCAGUCAACAUUGGAUGGGAAGGUGGAGUGGUGGCCCAAACCUGUGGACACUACCUUCACCUGGACUGUCAUAAAUCUUACUUGGAUUCUCUUAGAAACCAAAACCAUGCUGAGGUCUUGGCUGUGAACAAGAGGGAGUACUGGUGUCCUCUCUGUCGCCAACUAUCUAACUCUGUCAUACCCAUGGUACCCGAUGAGAGUAUGACUAUGUUAGUUAAACCCCUUCCUAAAGAUGAGAAGGAAAUGGUUGCAGACAUUGCAGAGAUGAUGAUAAAAAGAAGAAUCACUCGAGAUCAUGCCAUGAAUCGAGCUAUGGGCACUGUAAUGGAAGACCUGACAAAUAUCACUUAUCCCAACUAUCGGGCCUUCUCAGCCACUCGUAACCCUGAGAGUGUGUUAUUAUUUAUAUGCUCUGUUGCCAGGAUAAAUUUAGAAGUGGAAUUACUACAGAUGGGAGGAAAGCUAAAUGAUGUACAGCCGCCAACUAAAACUAAAAAUCAGAAUUGCUUCUUGCCAUUAGUCCAUGUCCUCAGUCUGCAUAGUAAGGUUCUCAUUUCUACGCCACUCUACCCUGACCUAUGGGCUCAUCUCACUGGUAGGAAUUUCUGGGAUGAAGCAUCAUGCAGUGUGUCUGUAUAUGAGAAACAAGUUCCAAUGUUGAUCAAAGAUCCAUUGAGUCUUUUCAUCCAGUUUGUUCUCACUAUGUCUUUUACAAUAGAAGCAGAGCACUUGGACUUUAUUAUACAGAUGUUAUAUAAUUUGGUUUAUGUUCAAGCAUUGGCUUACUUAAGCUGUAAGUUUUCUUCUGAUGAACGAGAUGCAUGGCGUAAGAAGGGAAGACAGAAUCAGAGCAAUACCUUGGAAGGACUACUGAGUCUUGUCAUAAGUGGACUCUCAAGAAGUUCUCUCUAUGAAGAGAUAGACAGCUCUCACACACUGCCAGCUAUCUGUCAAAGUGUUUGGUCACCACAAAGUGUUGAGCAGGUUAUACAGGAAUACUGUCUUCCUUUCUUACGAAUAUCUGCUCUAAUGAAAUUGCACCUGUUUAGUAUUGAAUUACCAAGCCCAGAGUCAGGUCAAGAUGAGUUCCAGCUUUUGUCACGUUUCUUGAAUUUAGGACUACCAACUCCUCCUGUAACAGAAGUUGCAAGUCUAAGCACAGCUAAUGUCCAUUGGGUGGUAGAGGAACCUCAUGUUCUCAUUCGAGCAUGGUGUUUACAUAUUGCUGAGUUUGCCAACAAUGCAUCACAGGAUGCAAAGAGUCUUUUAACAAUGAAUCCAUCUUGGCAAAAGCCUAGCCUCAUCAAGCUGCCCAACUGUUACUACCAAAUCUUCCAAGUGUUUAGGUCAGCCAAAUGUAAUGAGUGCAGUCGUGUCCCCAAAGAUCCUGCUCUAUGUCUAGUGUGUGGCCAGUUUCUGUGCUUCAGGGAACAAUGCUGUGCUCAGAACAAUGUCCAUGAAAGUGUUGGGCAUUCUAUAGCUUGUGGAGCAGGCACCAGCAUGUUCUUGCUGGUCAAUUCAAGUCUUGUUGUAGUUGUAAGAGGUCAGAGGGCAACAUUGUGGGGAUCCGUUUAUUUAGAUGAACAUGGAGAGGAAGAUCGUGAUCUGAAACGCGGGAAACCGUUAUACCUCAGCAUGGCCAGAUACAACCUAUUAGAAAACCAGUGGCUCUCUCACAGUUUUGACCAUUCAUGCAAACGUUGGAUCUGGCACAGAGAUCAACUGUAGACAGUUGGUGAUAAAUUGUACAUCUAUGACCCUGUGUUAUUUAUAGCACAUGUACAUAGCACAUUGAAGUGUCUUUCAGGCUUUCUGCGUCGGAUCGUUGACCUAGAUGUGGAGAAAAGGGUGCAGUUAUUCUUUCAGUAAGCUUGCUGUUUAAAACCAACACUGUCCCUGCUAUAAAUCUUAAAUGUUUCUCAGAGCUUACUAAAUAUCAAUAAGAGACAAACUAGAUAUUAUCAAACCUUCUAUGAGAUUUUAAAUGUUAGCUUAUGACAAAAAUUUGGCAUUAGUCACUAAUUAUUCCUUUUUUGAUGCUAUAUUUAAAACAUUGAAGAUAUAAAUUUCCAAAUGUUAUUUACUUCGUUACUUGCAUUUAAUUAUAAAACUUCUUAUAGUUAUUUAAUCUUCUAUAAGCAAGAUUAGCCACAUAAAGUAAUUUUAGUAUUGAAUAUCAAGCUAGCAACAAAAAAAGGAAAUUGAAUGACUUACUAAAUUUGAGUCACAGCAGUUGCUUCCACAAUACCUUCCACAAUACCUCCAUAUUGUUUUGUAUGAGACUUUUAUUGAAUUACAUUGUAUUAAAAUGAGCUGACGUUUCUCAUCUAAUUUCCUCUUGUUGGUAGUUGUAUAGACAUUUUGUAUCUCAUUUAGAACGUAUGUGUUUUCAAUUUCCAAGCUGUAACUUUUAAUCAGAAUGUGCACUGUAAGUAAAAAGUUUCUGUUGCCCUCAACAACCCCUUGUUUUCACAUGUACAGUAGCAACUUAAAUAAAUGUUGACAUUGACAAAGAGUCUUGUGUGGAUGUUUCUUUUUGUGUUUCUUGUUUAUAUUGGAGCUUGAUUUCCUGUUGACAUUAUUUCCAUGAGUUUCAAAUAUUGAUUUUGAAUCUUAAGAAUUUUGGUUUUAAGAACAAUUCCUACAGUUGACUGUAGCACAAAAAAAAGGAAAACUUGAGGCAAAAAUGAUGUUAAGUAGUGAUUUUGAGCAAUUUUCAGCUUUUUGAGUCACAACAGACAUGAGUGUAGCCAUUAUAAGGCUGCAGUUUGUAGAGUCUGAGACCAUGAUUUGGUUUUCAUUUUGUUAAGCUUUCAGUUACAAGUUUGAUUUUCUAGCCAGAUGUAACACAGAAUAUAGUUUUAUUUUUUUAAUAAGGAAAUUUUUGUUUAAAAUUCUGUUGAACAUAAGAACAAACUUAUAUGUAAAAAAAGGGACUGAUUAACAUUACUUGUACAUUUAUUGUUUGGAAAUGUGUUUUUGUGACUUUCUAUUUUUAUCGACAUUUGUAUUAAAAAUAUUUAGAAAAACAAAAAUUAAAACUAUUUAUUACAUAAUUGUGAUACUUAGUGACAUUAUUUCUUUGUUUCACUUCCACUGUAAGAUUUAUGUGACAAAAAACAACCACAUAAUAAGAGAAUACUCUUAAUUUUUGUUACCACCUAAGACUUCUUCAAAACAUGGACAUUCUGUAUGUGCAAUAAAACAAAUGCUCUUAGAAAACUUCAAAUUAACACAUAUUUCAUUCUUAUCAAUAUAUAUGGUGAAAUUUUGUGUGUAGUUAUUUGAAUUGUAUUUUGCUUCAUGGAUACUGUUGUUUUAAUUCCAUUUUAAAAUAGUUUUCUAAAACCCUAAUAGUGUAUAAUUCGGUACCAGUAUAAGUUGAAAAAAGCAGCUAAAUCUAAUCUUAUUGUAAUCUUUAAAAUAACCUAUACGUGAAUAUAGCAAACAUAUGGCAAAAUUUAUUUUCUACAUUAAAACAAUGUUUGUGGGGAAAUUACAAUUAAUUGUAAUUAAAAUAAAUGUUGUUUUAUACAAAUCAUUGGCUGUGUUUGGCAAGUCUUUGUGCUAAAUUGCAAAAAGGCUGUCAUGUAUUCAAUUUUUUCAUUUUCAUGUUAAUUUCUAGAAUGAGGAAUUGCAGCUACAAUAUUAAGUUGUUCAUUAUAAAUUUUACAUGAUUGCAUUAAGCCUGUAUGUAAAUUAUCAUUUUGUAAAAAAAAAAAAGAAUGUUUAUCUAGUGAAUUCUGUUGAAGUUUUGUUGCCUUUUUUUGUUUUAUAUUGUUUUUUCUUUUAAUGUACUGGGUAUAUUUUUCUAAAUUUUAUUUUAUUACAUUUUAAUAGACAGAGAUACAAAAUGUCCACCAAAAUAAAAACAAAUGAGUUUACAUCCAUAAUAGAUUAUUUAAUGAUAACUAUUUAAAUAUUCUUUUAAUCAAAGCAAUAAAAGCAAUUCUUUGAAUUUAUCAAUGUUGUAAUUUUAUAACAUUAACAUUUAGAGUGAGAUAAAAAGUUAUAGUGUGUUCUCAAAAGCACAUAUUAAUGUAUACAGUAUGGAUUCCUUCUUAUAUACAGUAAACAGUAGAACGUUGAUUAUCCAGAUUAAUUGCAACCAGCUCUGUCUGGAUAAUUGAUUGAUUGUCUGGAUGCAGAAUAUAUAUAUAUAUAUAUAUAUAUAUAAAGUUUAUUUAAAUUUUCAUAGUCCAUGUCAAAUACGAAUGUAAAACUCCAAAUCAAGAAAAGAUUUGUUUAGGUAUUAAUCUUGAGUAUAGUAGUAGUUUUACUUUGGGGAUUUCAGGUUUCCGAGGUCACUCUUCUUAUUUUUUUUUCCCUAUCACACAAGACCAUCUAUACCACCUAAACAAUCGGCCUUGAAAAAAGAUGAACCUAUUAUGUUAGAAUAUAAAAUCUAGUAGAGAUUGACCUUUUCCAGGGCACAUAUCUUUUAAGAGGACUUUAUAAAUAAACAUAAAUAGCGGACAACUCUUGACAUCUAAAGAACAAGUUUAAAAGGCAUCGGUGUAAAUAGCGCAGAGACUCCUAUUCAGGACUUUCAGCUCAGGAACCAAAGCUACCACAAAGUCUGCAUCAUCUACGCUCGGAUUAAAGAACUUAAUGAAUGAGGAUAUUAUACUUUAAUUGCUUUCAAUUAACAUUCAUGGACACACGAGUUUCUGCCAUAUAGUGUGCUAACAGUGCCCAUAAACCCUCAGGUCCUACAUAAAUGUCUAUACAAAUAAAAUUGGGUGAAAUUGUGUAUUUAAUUUUUUGUUUAUUUGAAGUGUGCCCCUUUGUGCUGUGUGACUAGUACACCCGAGUGUCAAAAUACUUGAGAACUACUGCUUUGUGCAAAUAUCACCAUCUUAGGCAUUGGAUUUGAUCAUGUACAGUAACCCUAUCUCAUAUGGAACUUGUAGCCAUAAUAAGCAGUCCUUUAUAAAUACAUUAUAUGUGUACACUUCUGUCUGACCUUUUCAUACGCUUAACUGUUGUAUGGAAACUGCAGUUAAAUUGAUUAGUCUUGAUUCGAUCUUGUCUGUUUUUACCAUACUUAUAUGUAACAUAGCUUCAAAUUUGUAUAAUUUUCUAUCCCUUUACUCUGUAUGAUUAGAUGUAUAUAUUUAUGUAUAUAAGUAAACUGUUUGCGGUUGACUUUAGGCUCUAGGGUACAUGUAGCCCAGAUAGAAGCAACACAGUGUGUUUGAAUGUAUUAACCUCUUUAAAGUAAACUGAAUAUUAAAAAUUCUACUUCUUAAA